AAAAUCAAGAAUUGGGGGUUUCAGCUUUUUGGAAUUUCAGCCCCACCACGUUACACAAUCCACAUGCACUCUUCACUCCUUCAGCAAUCACCGCUCCCUCUCUUCCGCCUACUAAUUACUCAUUAACUUAAAAAAAGCACAAGCAACCACUCCUCAUACCCUUUUCUCAUCUAUCUCUCUCUCUUGCCUUUUCUCCUCCUGUUUUGCCACCAUUCGCGGGAAGAAAAUCCAAAUCCCACAACUUCACAUUGCUCCUUCUUUCUCAGUUUGUUCUGCUUUAAAGUCACAGGGGCAGAAACAGAACACUGAUAAUUAAAGUACUCAAUGGAGAAAAGGCAACUAGAUUUUAACGCACCACUUCUUUCUGUAAGGAGAUAUUCAUCACCUUCGAAGUCGUCUGAGCUGGUGAAACGGAAGGUGACGGAAAAGCCACUACCGUCCCGACAGCAAUCUCUUCCUACGAACAGAUCUGACUUGGACCACGAGCAGGUGACUAAACCAGCUGCCGUCCCAUUUCACUGGGAACAAAUCCCUGGAAGACCUAAAAGUGAAGUGGAAAGCCAGGUGCCUACUCCAGAGGAACCUUCAAAUACUCCAAGACUCCCUCCAGGUAGGUUAUCGGAUGCCAUUAGACGCAGUUCAGGUGAAAUUCCAAAGCUGCCUCCGGGAAGAUUAUCAGGUCCAUUGAGAUACAGUUCCGGGGAAAGAUGUAAUGAUCAGAACCUUUACAGGCCCCAAGUUGAAGCAUUUUCCUUCAGUGAUCAUGCUAUUCUUUUGGAGAGAUUAAAUGAGAGUUUAAAAUGUAAAGACGAAUCGGAUUCAGAAAGUGGAGAUGAUGCAUAUUCAGACGCACUGGAUACACUUUCACCGACAGAAUCAUGUUCUAUGAACUACAGUGUGAGUGGCGUUAGUGGCUGUCAUAGUUCAGAUAUGAAGCCAUCAGGUACCUUUUGUAUCGACAAGCAAACUCGGGAUUUUAUGAUGAACAGGUUCUUGCCAGCAGCCAAGGCUGUUGUUUUGGAAACGCCACAAUAUGUUGUGAAGAAGUCACCAGUGAUUGAUGAGCCACCAAAACAGGUGAAGAAGGUGGUUUCGGGAGAAAUAAAGCCUUCGCUCAAACAAUAUAGUUCAGAUGCUUUGCCAUAUUACAGUCGGUACAUAGAUAAUGCAGAAAGCGAAGAUGAAGAUCAGGAGUAUAGUGUUCCUGUUAAAAAGUCAGGGAAAGCUUGGAGGAUACUCCCUCGAUUCUGUGUGAAGAAUUCUCUGUGUCUCUUAAAUCCACUGCCGGCAAUGAAAUCAAGACCUCGCGCCCCAACACCUCCAAAUGCCGAUCUCAGAAGAUUGACAAGAAACGCACACAGUGGACCCCUAGACAAGCAGAAUGCUUGUCUCGUGCCUUACAAGAAAAAAUUUCAUUCCGGAUUGCUAUCCCGGGAUCUGCCGGCACUUGAGAAUAAGCUAACUGAUGGUACAAAUCAAUUUGCAAAUAUCCGUGACUCGCAUAGUUCAGGAGUGUCCCCAUUAAGGCGUCACAGAAGUGGUAGCAUAUCUCCUUACCGAAAUGAAUCCCCAAAGUCUCCAUUUCGUGAAGGAGUGGGGUUUCUUGGUGUACCUAAGCAAGUUGCAAACUACAAUGCUGAUAAGAUUGCAUCAUCACGCAAAUUGUUUAAAGCCUUGCAAGAUGUAUCGAGGAAUCAGAUAAAUGAAAGAGGAUCGGGUCCAACAGGUGAUGUUGUGGAGAAAACUCUGUAUGUAGAUUAUGUAAAGAAAACAGAUCUCCCCAUUUCAAAGUCGUCUUGCAGAAAAGUUGAUGGACUUGUUAAUUCCUCUGGCGAGAGGUUGAAGGUUUUUGCUGGCAGUACACAGAUGGAAGACAAUUAUGGUCUUAAAUCUGGUCAGGACGUGUCAUGCCUGAAUACCUCGGAGGAGGAGAAAAGCGCAAGUCCUAAAUCAGGAUUAACUGGAAAGGUUGUAUCUUCUGCUGAAAAGGUUCAAGAACUGAGGAACUUGGAAUGCAAUGAAGUUGCUUUUGAUGUGAAAUUUGGAACAAAAGAAGAGAGGGACGUACGAUCAGAUAAUAGAAGACAAUCUGACCCUCCUUUCAAAUCUCCAUUACCUCCGCCAUUACCAAAAUCACCGUCUGAGUCUUGGUUGUGGCGCACUCUGCCAUCCAUUUCAUUGGGGAAUCCAUUUGGUCAUUUGCGUGAAAGAAACCAUCCUCACUCUAAGAAGCAGGGUCAGAAAGGUUCAGCUACUGAUACCAAAUGGGAGACCAUAGUAAAAACUUCAAACAUACGGCCUGAUCAUGUCCGCUAUUCAGAGGAGCUUAUACCUCAUGCAUCUCGCCGGCAGAGCAAACAUAGUAAAUGAUAAAUCCCAUCAGAGUUCAUCAAGAUCUUUUCUUUGGAGUGUGUCUUCAUUUCCUCCACUUGAAGACUUGCAUGACCUUCCAUCACAGUUAAUUCUACAGAUGUCUGUUUCCGUUUUUUGAGGAAAUAUGAUACAACAGAGAUACAGAUUUCUUCUUUUGCUUUUUGUUCCUUCCCCAUCCAUUUGGAGCUGUAGUUUGGGCGAAAACUUUAAUGUUGUUAUCUCCUAAUCAUUGUUUGCAUAAAUACGAUACAGAUGCGUUCUUGAAUAGACGUGUGAAUGGAAAUUUAUUAAACCUGAUGAGAGUA